UUCUGAGAGUCACAGUGAGAAGAGCAAAAAAGCACAAGAAACAACGUGACCCCACCCCCUUCUCCUUCUUAUAAAUGCACACUCUCUAACAAACCAAAUACCUCUACCACUUGCGAUCCGAGAGAUCAAACCCUAAUAUACACAUACACACACUUUCUCUCUCUGAAUCCCAAUUUUUUUUUUAUCACCAUCUCCUCGAUCACCUCUCACACACACUCAGAUUGUGAUUGAGAUUAACCCUAACGCAUACUCACACACACUCUUCCGGUUGGGAUUCCGAUUCGGAUUCAAAUGGCUACGAGCGGUGCCUCUCCCAAUCAUUCUCCUAAGCCUGGAGUCUCCUCGCCCUGGAGUCAGAUUGUGGCUGCAGCUGCGCCUCCUUCCUCUCCGCCGCUGCCUCUCGACUCUGCCUUCAUCAAUUCUGCCCCGGCAGAUGAUGUUGAUAACGGCGGUGGAAACAAUGUCAAUAGCGGCAAGAGGCCUGCGUGGAAUAAGCCCUCCAACGGUGCUUCUUCUUCCGUCAUGGGUGCGGAUUCCUGGCCCGCACUGUCGGAAUCCGCUCGCGCUUUGGCAAAAUCGCCUUCACCUUCGGAAUCUGCGAAGGGUUCCAUGGAUGUGAUGUCUGCGCCAUCAUUGCAGGGUUCUGGAAGUGUGGUUCCUUCACCACAUAGGCAAGAUAGGGAUAAUGUAAGUGCGAACAACACUGUGCAGACUCAUCAGAAGUCUUUUAAUAAGCGAGGCAAUUUCAACCCAUCUUCUAAUGGUGGUCACAUUCCUCCACAAACGUUGGGGCCUCAAGGUCCUAUGGCUCCUGCUGGGUCCCACAACUAUAAUUCUUCUCUUAAAGAGCAUCAACCGAGAGCUGGAUUUGUGCCUAAUGAUCAUCCGCCACAACGGAAUUCUUUUAGACACCGGAAUGGUGGUGGUCCUCAUCAGCGUGGGGAUGGUCACCAUCAUAACUAUGGGGGUAGACGUGAUCAUGAUCGUGGGAAUCAGGACUGGAGUAAUCACCGCAAUUUUAAUGGUAGAGACAACUAUAUGUCUCCAAGAUUUGUUCCUAGGUUUAUUAGGCCUCCACCACCUCCUAAUCUUGCUCAACUAUAUCCACCCCCACCUGCAAUGCGACCUCCUUAUGGUUCUAUUGGCUAUCCUGAACUACCUCCUCAGAUGUUAUAUGUUUCACCUCCACCCCUGGAAUCAAUGAGAGGUGUCCCCUUUGUCUCUCCAAUACCACCUAAUGCAAUGUUUUUUCAACCUGCCGAUAAUCAUUUGCACACUAAGAUUGUGAACCAGAUUGAUUACUAUUUCAGCAAUGAUAAUUUAGUUAAGGAUAUAUACUUGAGGCGGAACAUGGAUGACCAAGGAUGGGUUCCUAUAAGUUUAAUAUCAAACUUCAAGAAAGUCAAGUAUUUGACUGAAAAUAUCCAGACUGUGAUAGAUGCUGUUCGAGCGUCAUCUGUUGUUGAAAUUCAGGGUGACAAAGUUAGGAAAAGAAAUGAUUGGAGGAGAUGGAUCAUGCCUCCUGCUCAGCUUCCUAAUUCUAGAGGUUCUCAAACCGUUGGACAACUGGCAGAACAAGUCCAAAACAUUACUCUGGAAACAACUAUCAAUGAUGAUACUGGGGUAUUAGAUGUUUCACAGAAUAGACCCUUCGGGGAAUUGAAUGGUCAAUAUCUGCUUUCCACUGGCGAGAGUACUGGACAAGUCGGCAUUCAAGUUUCAGAUCAUUCUAUUUCUGCCAGAAAUUAGAGCUGCAUCUGUUCUUUAAAACAUUUUUUGAAGAAUAUUCUUCAGAGGGAGGCAGGAAGCAGGGAUCAUGGUCUCAAUUUUUACAUAUCGCACAGUGGGACAUGAUUUCUCAUGAGGUAUCUAGGAAAACAUGAUUGAGAAAUGGGAAGAAAAUACCUUUUUAUAAAACAGAAAAAAACACCAAAUGGUAAAAAUGGCCCGGAAAAGGCGCAUUUAUAUUUUGUGUUUUGGAGCUAGUAGCAUUACUCUUGUGAUUACUUGUUUAUAUGGGGUGUAAUGUUCCUACUCCAAUGGUGGGAUGGUAGUCUACUUUAAUGUGGGGAUUAUUUUUUGUUUUUAUUCCCCUGAAUUCCCCCUUGGCUGCUUUUUAAAUUGUUUGGGGUUCAUGUUCCCACCUGGUUUAGGAGCAUUAUAUGUGAGAUCGAUCAAUGGGUGUUGAAUGAGUUUGAUAGCUACUAGUUGACUGAGUGAAGGGGAACAUACAUGGCUUUCUGCUGACGGAGCUUCUUCGCAACUGCUUCACUCAAUCAUUGUAUGAUGUCCCUUACUAUUUCCCCUUCACAUCAUAUUUGGAAAUAACUACACCUUUUUUUUUCCUUAGUUUUAUUUCAUUCAAACUCUUACUAGCCAUAAAUUUGUCCCUGUGGGGUUAUUUAAAACUUCAAUUUUUUGCACUCCA